AUGUAUUUUUCCUCAUUGCUCUGUUGGAUCCCUACAACACAGAGAAAUGUGUGUUUCUUGGCAUGGUUGGCAGCAAGGGGAGUGAUUUUGACAGCAGAAAAUCUGCGAAAGAAGAGGAUCACAUAUAUCAGUUGGUGUUUCGCGUGGAAAAGCUCGGGUGAAAAUGCAGAUCAUCUCCUAUUGCACUGUCAAGUGGCAACUCGUUUAUGGAGGAUGGCCCUUAAUUUGUUUGGGCUGGAAUGGGUGAUGUCAGGCACAGUAAAGGAAGCAUUGCUUAGUUGGGCUCAUAGCAGGGGAAAGAGAACUCCGAGGGCUUGGAUUCUUGCUCCAUUAGCAAUCAUGUGGGUUAUUUGGAAAGAGAGAAAUAAGAGGGCUUUUGAAGGGGUGGGACAAGAUUUUGUAAAAUUGCAAAGUAGUCUUUUGUUUCUAGUUUCUUUUUGGGGUACUUAUGAGAUCCCAACUUGUAUAGAGGAUAGGGCCUCUUUUAUUGAGAAUCAUAUUUCGGUGUAG